GCGACGGACGAGUACCUACGCGUUUUUGUUUGAUUGUUUUCUUGUUGUUGUUUUCUUUGUUGUUAUUUUUUCUGUUGUUUGUUAUCGUUGUUAAGUUUUGUUAUAUUGUUAUAGUUUUGUUACAAUGAAUAAGAAAAUAAUUAAUAGCCGUGCACGAGAAAUUAUUAUUCAAGUGGACAAUUAUUUUGUACAAGAGAAAGAGGACGCUAUGCUACUACUUCAGAAUGUAACUCGAUCAUUGAAAGCUGCACUUGACACUAGUGAAGACGUAGUGAUGUCUAAAAAAACGGUAUUAGAAAUUUCAAAAUACUUACAAAAUACGACCAAGGUCACAGAGCGCGUAAUGAGCGCUACAGGGAUAUCAACAAAUACAGUAGCAAAAUUAAGGCGCGAAAAACAAACAGCUGUGGCUAGUGGCAGUAAAAUUAAAACUCCAGUUAAAAAAAAGAGGGGAAAAAAGGAAUUUUUAGAUGGUUUUUCUCUCACAGCUUUAAGAAAUAUAAUCAAUUCUAUAUACAUAGUACGAAAGGAAGUGCCCACUAUGAGAAAAAUUAUGGCUGCAGCUAAACAAGAUUUAGACUAUAAAGGGAGUGAGACUACCUUACGUCAAAUUAUGAAAGAUAAUUUAGGGUAUAGAUUUAAAAAAUGUUAUCAAAAAAGAUUAACAUUAAUUGAAAGACCUAAUAUACAGGCAUGGAGGGCUAAGUAUUUACGCCGCAUGAAAGAGAAUGAUUCUCUUGGCGCCGACAAAAAGCCAGUUAUUUAUAUUGAUGAGACUUGGAUUCAUGCUCACUAUACAGUGAAAAAGUGUUGGCAAUCAGCUACGGAUGUGGGAGUAAAAAAAAAUGAGAGUCCUGGACGCCGUUGGAUUAUAGUUCACGCUGGUAGUGAAUCCGGAUUUGUCGAUGGCGCACUUUUAAUGUUUAAGGCAAACAGUAAAACUGGUGAUUACCACGACCAGAUGAACACAGAAAAUUUCAGUAAAUGGUUGAAAGAAAAGCUUAUUCCUAACAUACCACCUAAUUGUAUUAUAGUUAUGGACAACGCCCCAUAUCACAGUAAAGAGGAAGACAGAACGCCGAAUAUGGGCUCAAAAAAGGAAGAAAUGAUGAAGUGGCUCCAAGCUAAUAAUAUUGAGUUCACUGUUCACAACACUAAACCAGAAUUAUAUUUAUUGAUAAAAAAUCACAAAGUUCCAAAAAAAUAUAGUAUGGACAAAUUAUUAGCGGAACAUGGCCAUGAAGUUGUUAGACUUCCGCCGUAUAAUUGCGACCUCAAUCCCAUUGAGUAUAUUUGGAACUUGGUGAAACAAAGAGUUUCAGAUAAAAAUGUCGAACAGUUAGAGAGUAGAAUAGAAACAAUAACAUUAGAGGCAUUACAAUCCAUUACUCCUGAUGAUUGGAAAAAAGAGGUCAAUCACGUCAAAAAGCUGGAAGAAGAAUACUGGCGUAAAGACCGACUAGUUGAUGAUUUAUUUAUAAUUAAUACUGAAAACGAUUCUGAAUCAGAUACAACAGACUCAGAGUUAGAAAACAAUUCUGAAUCUGAUUUAGAUUGUAUGAGUGGGAUUGAAGAAUUAGGUUAGAUUUUGAUUAAAUUGUAUCAAAAUCUAACCUAAUUAUAUAACUAAUAAUCUGUCCUAAUAAACGUUGAAAAUCACUCAAACAUUUUUAUUUCUUAGAUAGAUACCUAUUUCCAAGCAGUGAGAUUAUUUAAAUGUCAUCAAAUGUAAUUUUUUUCGUAAAAUGUAAUCUUACAAUAAAUGUCAUUACAAAUCUGUCAAACUUAAUUAUAAUUAACCUAUUAAAUUUAUUUUCUCCGCAUUUCUUUUUUUGCAAGCUGUAUUUUUCAAUUCUGGAUGACGUCACGUGGCUUUUACUGUGACAAGGUUCCUGCGCAUUAGCAAUU